UGUGCUCACAAGCCUUCCAAAGCUCACAUUGGUAGGGUGUCCUCAGCAGUCGCUCCGCAGCAGCAGCAGCAGCAGCACUGAAGCAGCAGACAACGGAAAACAGAAGCAGAAGCAGAAACAGCAACAGAAAACUGAAAAACAGAAACAUAAAAAAACCGAAAAAACAGAAAGUCCCGCUAAGAUCUGAUCCAAAAAAACCCAGUGAAGACCUGCAAGUCGAGACGUAACGAACAGAUCAUGGCAUUCCGCGUGGCCGGCCUCUUCCUGAAGCGGGAGCUAGUGGCUCCCGCCGCCCAGCAGCUCCGCCUGCUGCGCACCUCCAGCACCGCGCGCUCCCAGUUCCUGGCCAACUCGCCCAACACGGCGCUGGACAAGAGCAUCCUGCAGCGGUACCGCAACCUGGAGACGCCCGCCAACCGGGUGCAGGCCACCUACCUGUGGAUCGACGGCACCGGCGAGAAUAUCCGCCUCAAGGAUCGUGUCCUGGACAAGGUGCCCAGCUCCGUGGAGGAUCUGCCCGACUGGCAGUACGACGGCAGCUCCACCUACCAGGCGCAUGGCGAGAACUCGGACACCACCCUCAAGCCCCGCGCCCUCUACCGCGAUCCCUUCAAGCCGGGCAAGAACGAUGUCAUCGUCCUGUGCGACACCUACAGCGCUGAUGGUAAUCCCACGCCCUCGAACAAGAGGGCAUCCUUCCAGGCGGCCGUCGACAAGAUCGGCUCCCAGGAGCCCUGGUUCGGCAUCGAGCAGGAGUACACCUUGCUGGACGUGGACGGACGUCCCUUCGGCUGGCCUGAGAACGGCUUCCCCGCGCCCCAGGGUCCCUACUACUGCGGCGUGGGCGCCGACCGUGUCUACGCCCGUGAUCUCGUCGAGGCCCAUGCCGUCGCCUGCCUGUAUGCCGGCAUUGACUUUGCCGGCACCAAUGCCGAGGUGAUGCCCGCCCAGUGGGAGUACCAGGUGGGACCCAGCAACGGCAUGAAGGCCAGCGAUGACCUCUGGGUGUCGCGGUACAUCCUGCAGCGCAUCGCCGAGGAGUACGGCGUGGUGGUGACCUUCGAUCCCAAGCCCAUGGAGGGUCAGUGGAACGGUGCCGGCGCCCACACCAACUUCUCCACGAAGGCGAUGCGCGCCGAUGGCGGCAUCAAGGCCAUCGAGGAGGCCAUCGAGAAGCUGAGCAAGCAGCACGAGCGCCACAUCAAGGCCUACGAUCCCAAGGAGGGCAAGGACAACGAGCGGCGCCUGGUGGGUCGCCUCGAGACCUCCAGCAUCGACAAGUUCUCGUGGGGCGUGGCCAACCGGGCGGUGAGUGUGCGAGUGCCCCGCGGGGUGGCGACAGCCGGCAAAGGAUACUUCGAGGACCGCCGGCCCAGCUCCAACUGCGACCCCUAUGCCGUGUGCGGCGCCCUCGUCCGCACCUGCCUGCUGAACGAGUAGAGGAGGCCGAACGCUGGUGGGCGUUGUUGUACAUAGCAUAUUGUUGAACCUUGGAGUAUGCCGAUUCCGAAUUGGAUUUGGAUUCGGAUUCGGAUUCGGUAUCGGUGGAGCAAAAAGACAGGAGACAGGCACGAGCAGCGUGCGGAUAGCAUUUAAGACACUGGGCGGGCUGGCAGGAGGACUCGGAGGAGCAGCAACCGCAAACCGAGCAACAUUCUGCCAUAAAUAAUUUACAAAUUAUGUAUACCUUAUCUUUGCUUUAAUCUAAAUAAUAAAUACCCCAAUGUAGCCCUA